GUUCGUAUAACCGAUUAACCUAAAAAUUCAGAAAACAACGUUUAUACAAAAUAUAAAAAGAAUAUUUUUCAUAAAAAAUAUAUGUAACAACACAUUUGAAUAAAACCAAAGAGGAACGACCUGAUUCAAAAAAAUUCUUCAUUAUGUUCAAAUUGUUUCGUAUCUCACAACUUGCAAAAAAUGUGCAUAACUCAAGAUCCAUAAAAAUAAUUUCGAGAUUUUUCUUAUCCCCAGCUUAUCAAUGUAAUGAAGUUUGGGAAAACCGACUUAAUCAGCCCCUGUUCCAGAAAAUGAAUCUGGAUGAAUUUUAUCAUGAACUGGACAUGAAUUUUCAAAAGACCAAAUUUAUGAGUUCCAUAGAUGUUGACGUGUUCGUCAAUGGAAUUAACAAUGAUGUGUUUGAUGAUGAAAUGUUGGAUUUAGUGCAUAAACUUCGUCUCACUUCAGAAACUAGCAACUCAUUGCCAUCAUUGUCUUAUGCCGUAGUAAAAACUUUAUUGAAUAAUGGAAAAGAAAAUGAUCUCCAUACUGUUCUUGACGAUAGGUUGAAUUAUGGUAUAUUCUUAGAUACACAUAUGACAAAUAUUUUACUAGAUCAUUUUUGGUUGAAAGGAGACUAUGUUUCUGGAGCAAGAAUAGCCAGUCAUUUAAUGCUGCAGGAAGAUCCAGAACACCCUAUCUCCCACAGUUUGAGUUUAUUACAUUGUUAUAAUUGUUUAUUGAAUAAGGGAGAAUGGUCUUUCCCACCAGGUCCAGAGGAACCAGAAGAAGAAGUUAAAGUUAGAGUGAAAUAUAUCAGAAAUGAAUAUGAUGAUCAACAUUUUGAUUUACGAGAUUGUAAAAAGAUUAUUGGAAAAACACUCAUGUAUUUGACUAAAGCAAAGAAUGAUUCUCUCAGUGUUUCUUUCUAUAUUUUGGGAGCUUCACUUUUUGGCUCUAAUGAUAAGGCUGAACAAAAAUUGGAGGAAUCGGUAAAGAAUAACCUGCCCUUAAUCAAAGAAAUAUUGGAUUUAUUACCAGAGGAUAGCGAGUUGAAAGCCAAACUAGAGAAAGUAAAAUUAUCUUCCUGUGACUUGAAUUCUUUAUUAAAAUCUAAAGUUGAGGAAGCUAUUCAAACUUGCUCUGAAACUGACAUAGCUUCUCAGUGCAAGUUAUUCAGCGAAUGGGAUCAAAAACGACUGGAUCUCCUUCACGAGAAGGAAGAAGAAUUCAAAAGAAUUGAGAGAUUAAAGAAGGUUGAAGCAUUGAAAGAAGAAUUGAAAAUCAAAGAAACCAAACUUUGGUUCUUCGAAAAUGAAGAGAAAAUUGAGCUGGAAAUUGAGGAAAAAGAAGAGUUAAAAGCUAAUGAGGCAAAGGAUUCUUUGUUUUUCAAGGAGAAACCAAAAGAAGUUGCCGAGGAAUAUAUUCCACCUCAUGUUAGGAAAUAGAAUAGUUAAUAAAAGUAUUGCGAAUUGAA